AUGGAUCGGCCGCGGCCUGCGCGGCUGUCGCAUGCGAGAUUUUCGAAGAACCAUGCAGGAAGAACACAUUCCGUGAAAGAUAAAGCUGGCCAGACGCACAAGCCUCUGGAUGUGUUCGAGUUUCCUGAUGAUUCUCGGUUCUCAAGCCUCAGCAGGCUGGGCGAAAAUGAGAAAGAUGAAGAAUCCUAUGAAAGCUUUGACCCUCCUCUACACAGCACGGCUAUAUAUGCUGAUGAGGAAGAAUUCUCCAAGCACUGCGGGUCACAUCUCCCCUCAAUUCCUCAAGAAAAAGAAGGAGAGAAGCCAAGAAGAAAACUCAAGCCCAUCAGUGACGAAUCUGAAAGCCCUGAAGAAAGUGAUGUAAGGAGAAAAGUUAAACCCACAGAGAACAUAAAUACACGGCAUGAAGCUGUUUCAGCUACAGUACUUCCAGAACUUUCGGAGAAACCAGCUGAAGCGGUCACUCCUCAGAAGACAGGACCCCAGAGUGCUGAGUCCUCUGCUGAGAAAGCGACACUAGCCACAGAAGGUCAGCUGAAAACUCAGAAGAAUAAGAUGUUUCCUGGCAAAAGGAAGAAGCCAAGAAGUGGUGCCACAGACUCAGAUACUUCCGACUGUGCACCUAUUUGGUGUUUAAAAGAAAAGAAAGCCAGUGACAUCAUGGAAUUAGAUGUGUUUUUGUCUGCAUUCGAGAACAUUCUUCUAGAGUAUGAACAAAAAAUAGACUCUCGAGUUUGUAAGGCAGCCAUCAACAAAUUUCAUUCUGAUUUGAAAGAAGAACUCAUCAAAAUGCUUCAAGAAGUCCAGAUGUUGAAGACUCUGAAAAGGAAGAAUGCUAAGAUGAUCUCCGAUAUCGAAAAGAAAAGGCAGCAUUUGAUUGAAGCCCAGGAUGAAUUGCUUCGGGUAGAACCUGAGCUGAAACAACUACACAUAAAGUAUGAGGAACUUCAGGAUAGAAAAGCUUCCCUUAGGAAGGCAGCAUAUUUCCUGUCUAAUCUCAAACAGCUUCAUCAGGAUUACGCAGCUGUUCAAGAGGAAGAACCAAGUGCAAAGGAAACAUAUGAUUCAUCCAGCCUUCCAGCUUUGCUGUUCAAAGCAAGACCCCUUUUAGGAGCUGAAAAUCAUCUGCAAAAUAUCAACUGUCAAUUAGAGAAGCUCCUUGACCAGAAAUGAGACCAGUCUACUAAGAUGUGCACAUUUAAGAUUAGUCUCGUGAUACAGUUUUAGAAGGUAACAGGCAGUAUAUAUUUUUGCACAAAGAUGGGAAGAAAACCUGAACUUUAUUACUAUUAAUUUGAAUUGAAUAUUUUUUAUUGUUAUAACAACAUUCUCAGAUAAGUUUAAAAGCAGGAAACUGUCUUACUGUUCAGACUGUAUGAUCUUGUCCCCAGAAUUUAAUAUUGCUUUGUCAUUAAAAUUAAAUGGCUAGGUAUAAUAGUUUUAGAGGCCAUAAUUAACUUUUCUAGUUAACACCAAGUACAAAGUUUUAAAAUGUUUUAGAACGUUGACACCUCAUCAGCCCUUAAACAUACAGAAGCUUUACCCUAAAAAUAAACAUCCAAAAUUAAGCUGAUGUGAACAUAGUUAAUCACAUAAGGAGAAUUCUACUGAAUUUAAUAAGCACACUGGAGCUGAUUUUCAGUAAAACUGGUUUAUUUCAGUAAAUAAGAUUUGGAAGUAAAGUGAUAAAUAAAACAGUUGGUAUAACAGGCUUAUUUAAUAAGUUACUAUAAUUUAAUGGUACUAAAUCUGCCUUCAUGCAGAUUAUAGCCUAGUUAUAUCAGUGUCCAUAAUUAGCUACUCUUGUAAUACUUCUAUUAGUAGUUCAUCAGGAAUUUCAUCCAUCCCAUUGUAAGCAAGAAGACUGUUCUCUGCAGCUUCUGCUAAUUCAGCAUCUUCUGUAGCCUCCAAAAUGUAAGUAUCAUCAAGGCCGUUAUCCCAGUCAGCAUCGGGACAUGCACCUUUUGACGACACGCUAGCUGAUGGUUCAUGAGGACCCUUGGUUUCAGCAUUUGCUGUUGUAUCUGUUGCAAACUCCUCUUCCUGGUUCCAGAGAGGAGGGAGCACAGAGUAGGAAGAAAAUUAAUCAGACAGAAUGUGUGAUAAUUUCACCAGAUAGUUGAUCUAUACUGAAUUAAGGGAUUCAGUUCAACAGAUACUAAAAUGAACACUGGACGGUACUGUCUCCAAUGCAGCCGCCAUGGGCUCAUCACUGCCGCCUCUGUGGCGCGCUCACAGAGCUCCAGACUGGAAAUGCCU